CUGGUGAGUGGACGUGCUUCGUUUGUUUCGUUGUUUACUUGUUCACUUUCGUUGUCGAGCUUUUCGGCGAGAGCUUGUGCGCCAACUUGAUAAGUUGUGAUAAAACUUCGCUUUGACGAUUUUGUGGCAGUGGCUUUAUUUAAAUCCUGUGGGUUUUGGUGGUUUUCUCUAGAGGACGUUCAUUUCCUCCGGCUCUCAAAGAACAUGUGACAAGGGCCUUACUUCUUUUACUAACCAAGAUCGGCAUGUGGCACAUCAUGUUAGCAGUGGCGUCGUUAACCGGUGUAGCAUCGGCCAUACCAUGUGAGGAGGCGCGAAUGAAAUGUGCCUACAGGAUGGGCUGUGGAAUGGCCCUACAGAACUACAUUGUAGGAUGUUCCGCGGUACUCCAAGGUCCCUAUCCAACGCAUUGCCCCGAAAACUGCCAGCAUUCAUUGAUUGGUCUCACUUCCACAGAAGAAGGAAAAGCUUUAAUGAAUUGCGAUUGCAGCGACCAGUACUGUGAGGACCAGAAGCGGCGGUCCGAGAUCUGCCGCCCCCAAGUGAUGAAGACCAUGAACGCUCCCGUUGUGUCCUGUAGGAUCGCCCAGUGGAUCUGCGGCGCCGACGCCCUGUGCUCGACGGCGCUUGACUACUACAACCGCUUCUGUAAGGCUAUGUUCCACGGGAAGAAGUGCACCAUGCGCUGCAACAACUCCAUCAGCAUCCUCAGAAGGCAGGAGAAGGCGGCCAAGUUGCAGACGUGCAAGUGCGACGGCCUGGAGGACUACGACUGCUACGCCAUACAGAGGAAUAUGGACAAACUGUGUUUCCAUAAACAUUCCAGGCACCACAAUAAAACUCAUCACGUACCUGAGGAUGUGGUACCUACGGUAGUUCUUGCCAGUAGUGGAGUGAAAUUAAGUUUCAGUUCGGUAACGGUACUCUUCUUCUUGACAGUCGCAGCAGUGGUAUGAGCUUCGGUUAGUCAAGGUGUACUUUUCAUCUACCUCGUUCCAAAUAUGUAUUAUUUAUUUAUUUUGUAAAUUCGAUGUGAUGUUAGUACUAUUACGACCAAACGGGAAGGGAUGACAAAACGGUAAUACUAACCCCUGUUUCACAGCUGACAGCACGCCAAGCAUCAGCGUGCGGAUGAUUGACAUUGUUUAAAUUGCAGCUUUCACGUAACUGUUAAAUCAGCAGCGCUGGAGUUUUCCGGGUACUGUCAUUUGCAAGUCGACAAGUUCUUUUUGCUACUGCUCCUCAUCUCAUACUCAUAAUACGAAUAUAAACGAAGACCAUUAGCUUGCCGAUCAUUAGCACGCUGACGGGUUAGCUCACAUUGAUAAGUUAUUGAAUAAGCAUUUAGAUAUGACUACAGCUAUUGAUAUUUUUUCUCGGAAAUCAUUUUUCUACUGCUCGUCAGCGGUUUUAUAUGAAAUGAAGUACAAUUCAUUGACCAUCAGCGAGCUGGCCAUCUGAAACGGGGUUAGACAUUUUUGUCUAAGCGGUUGGAGCGUUAACAAUUUACUUUUGUGUUGAGAUCCGUGGGUUCCUAUUAUUACAAGUAAAAAAAGAUUAUUAACUAAUUAGCAAUUCUCUAAAAUUGCUUCUUACAAAUUAAAAAUGAAGUUACCCAAACUGGAAAAAUAGAAGAGAAAUAAUUAUAUUUUAAUUUUUGAUAAAGUUUUCGCCUUCAUUAGGACCAAAGAACAUUGUACCUUGUAAUUAAAUCCCAUUUUAAUAUAUUUCAGCAAUUUAUCGCAUCAAAUGUUUUAUGUUUUAUUCUUACAAAAAAUAUAAUGGAUAAUUCGUAAAACACAGCUACGAAAAUAUAUUUACCUACGACCACUACUGUAAGUACUUAAAAACACACUGUCUGCGAUCAAUAUAAGAUUCCU